AUGAAAGCUGCGGUACGAGCAACACGCAGGAUCCCUUCACAAACAAAGAGGAGGGUUCGAGCUCACUCCACUCUCAUCUACAGAGCUCAUAAAGAGGGCAGUCCGGCUGGGAUGAGGAGUCCAGACUUCCUGAGCAGUCGGCUCUGUUUACCCAAACCGGUCCUGCUCAGACCGGUGAGCUCAGAGGCUUCCCGCCUGUCCAAAACCAACAGACUGAGGGCCAUCACUCUGCAGGAGGUCAACGCUGCUGUCACACUCACUCACGGCUGCAAGAUCCUCCAGCUGUUUCAGGAUGUUUUCAGCCUUCUGCUCAUUGCGACAGUCACUGACGAUAAGAUCCUGAUCGUUCACGGUGGGAUUUCAGACCAGACCGGCCUGGACUACCUCAGCACCAUAGAGAGGCAUAAGUUUCCCAGAUGCAGUUUGGAGGAGCUGGACCUCGGUCAGACCAGCAGACAGAUGAAAAGAAUGAGAUCGAGCGACGGCUCUCGUCCCAGCAGCAGUCGCAGCUACAGCAAGAACCAAACAACCCAGAACUGUCGAAAGAGGCGAUGCAGGCUCACCCGACAAGACAGCAACGUCUCCACUUCCUUCUCCUCGUCCUUAUUUUCCUCGUCUUCCUCCUCUCUCUGCUCUCCCCGAACUCUGUUCUGCCUCAGCCUCGUGCGUACCCGUCUUCUCCAAUUGCCUUUCCUGGACUCCCUGUCCUCUGUUCCCCCUCCUUCACCUCCACAACAUGAACAAGAAAGGAAACAGAUAGUGGAUAUAUUGUGGAGUGACCCUAAAACCAAAGAGGGCUGCAGUCCCAACACAUUCAGAGGUGGAGGCUGCUACUUCGGCCCUGACGUCACCCGCAGACUGCUGCUCCAACACGGACUCCAGCUCCUCAUCAGGUCCCAUGAGUGCAGACAGGAGGGAUAUGAGCUCUGUCAAGGUGGACAGGUGAUCACCAUUUUCUCAGCGUUGAACUAUUACGAGGAGGGAAGCAACCGCGGCGUGUACUUCAAAGUGGGUACAUUGAUGACAAUAGAAGCUCAAUCUUAGUGAAUGAUCCGUGUUUGCAUGUGUGUCUGCAGAGUGCGAGCUACUGAAGGCACCGCUCUCAGGGCCCUGAAGGAGAAGCUGUUCACCCACCGCUCUAAGCUGAUGUCGGGCUUCCAGCAGUACGACCAGUACAACACGGGUAGAGUGUCCGUCAGUGAAUGGGCUCAGGUGUUGGAGUCUGUGCUGAGGCUGGAGCUGCCCUGGAGGACACUGCGUCUGCACUUAGCCCGUCUGACACCAGAUGGCAGUGUGGAGUAUUUACAGCUGUAA